CUUGUUUGAAUUUCCCUUCAUCACACAUAUAUUACUUCCAUCAACCCCUAUAUCCCUUCAUUAAACAACACGUUCUUUCAUCGUUCUCUUCCCUAGGAGUUGGGAACUUUCUUCCAAAUACUACUAUUAAACAAUACUAUCACUUUUAUUAACCCCACAAACAUUUGUCACACGUCUUAGGCUUAAUUCACUCCAAUGGCUGUUUUCUCUACCAAACAGCUGAGUACUUCAACUCUGACCACUACAUUCAUCAUCUUCUUUGUUCGUUCUGAAUUCACGGGACACGGUAGCCUGAGAGUUUCUCCUUCUGAAUUCAUAGGCUCGGUGACCACAGUAGGUGAUGUUUUGCAAAACGUUACCUCCAUUCUCAAGUCUGAGCUUAGAAGUGUCAAAAAUGACUUUCAUCUUCCUGAUGCUGCCGUUUCCACGUGUCUUGAUUUGUUAGACUUGUCAGCUGAUGAACUCAGCUGGUCCAUUUCCGCUGUUCAAAGUUCCCAAGGAAAUGAUAACAGUACAGGGAAUCUAAGCUCUGAUUUGAGGACAUGGCUUAGUGCUGUACUUGCGAAUACAGAUACAUGCAUGGAUGGUUUUGAAGGUACAAAUGGGAAUGUGAAGGGUUUAAUAUCCACUGUAAUUGACCAAGCGAAGUGGUUGCUCCAAAAGUUACUGACCCUGGUGAAGCCUUAUGUGAAUGAUUUCAGCAGUAGAAAUAGUAGGGUAAAAUUUCCUUCAUGGAUUGAAGCAGAGGAUAAGAUGUUGCUGCAGACAAAUGGGGUGCCUGCAGAUACUGUAGUUGCGGCUGAUGGAACUGGGAAUUUUACUAAGGUGAUGGAUGCUGUGCAAGCAGCACCUGUUUAUAGCAUGAGACGCUUUGUGAUACACAUAAAGAAGGGUGUUUACGAAGAGAACGUUGUGAUUAACAAGAAGAAGUGGAACCUUGUGGUGAUUGGUGAGGGUAUGGAUGCCACUGUUAUCUCCGGUAAUCUGAGUCGUAGUGAAAAUUUGACCACAUUCAAGACCGCUACCUUUGCUGUGAAUGGCAGAGGAUUCAUAGCAAAAGGCAUUACCUUCAGGAACACUGCAGGUCCCCAAAGAAACCAAUCUGUUGCUCUAAGAUCAGACUCUGACCUCUCUGUAUUCUACCGAUGUGGGAUUUUUGGCUACCAAGACAGCCUCUAUGCCCACUCAUUGCGCCAAUUCUACAGAGAAUGCAGAAUCAGUGGCACAGUGGAUUUCAUAUUCGGCCAUGCCAAUGCUGCAACAUUUCAAGGUGAAAUGUACCCCAAUCGAUCGUCCGGUUUCUCGAUCCAAUUCUGCAACAUUUCAGCGGAUUAUGACCUUCUGCCAUAUCUCAACACCACUUCAACGUACCUCGGUAGACCCUGGAAGCCGUAUUCCAGAACAAUUUUCAUGCAGUCCUACAUCAGUGAUGUGUUGAGUCCAGAAGGGUGGCUAGAGUGGAAUGGAACAUUGUAUUUGGACACUCUGUUAUAUGCUGAGUACAAGAAUUAUGGACCAGGAGCUAGGCUUGAUAAUAGAGUCAAAUGGCCAGGGUAUCAUGUGAUGAAUGAUUCUAGAGAGGCUUAUAAUUUCACUGUGGCCAAUCUCAUUUUGGGGGAGCUAUGGUUACCAUCAACCGGGGUAACAUUCACUCCUGGACUUUGAGAUUCGAUCACUGCCACACAUUUUGCCUUUCCUCAUCAAACUUCGACAAGUGAUUAUCAUAUAGAUUAAAGAAGAAAAUAGUAAUUAUAAAAUAAUUGCAGAGAUUAUAGUUGGUGUUCACAUUAUUAAUUAGUACUUGAUUAUUUAAUGCAUGUUUGCUUGGUUGGCUUCGUGAUGUGUCAAGUUCGUGUUCAGCUGAUCAAGGUUAAUUACUCUGUGAUUCUUGUACGCUUAUAUUUAAUUUUGACGCGCGCUAAAAUUAAGUAGAUAAUAAUUCCCUAUUUGUAUUCUGAGAGUUAGAUGCUUCUCAUCAACAAUUAUGUUAAAUCUGUGCAGAAAUAAUGAAUACUUCUCAUCUUCUCAUUAA